GUUCUGUCCUUUAUACCCCGUUCAUCAGCAGGCAACUCACUCAUCCUCCACGCGACGGAUCCUCUCAUUCAGCACCCGUCCCAUCCACCUUUCCAACCGCCCGCUCCAACCACUCUUAUCAGCCUCUCUUCCAUCCUUAAUCAUGUCUCUGCUCAGCCUUUCCACCUCUCGUACCUCUAGUCUACAUUCUGCCUCCCAACAUAGUCUCCGUAGUACCAUUCUCAAUGCCGACCUUCCGCCUUCCCCGCUUUCCGCAGGCUCGUUUUCUUCCGACAGCUCUUCCUCCGCCUCGUCCUCGAACGUUUCGGUAGAUCGGAAUGACAAAGAAGACAUCACAAUCACUGCUAAGUUCUCUGCACUCUCCGUCAGAAAUGGGGGCCACAGGAGCCACGAGGACCUCCAACUGUUGGCUAUCUCCACACACAUCACAGAACUUUCCUAUAGCAUAUCGGAUAUCCAGACGCGCAUUUUCGAAAUACAGGAGCUCCGGCAUAAAUCCCAGUCCUCCGGCGAGCUCGCGAACGCCACGAGCGUAAUCGAUCAGUCCCUCAUGACUCUCGACGCACGUCUCGAGUCUGUUGCCAAGGGCGUCAAGUCCGUCAACGACUCUCUCGAACCAUACUUACAAGACGCCAAGAACGCCACCCUCAAGGCGCGCGGCGGCGAUUCGAGCGAGAGCGCGGCGCUCCUGCGCAAACAUACUGCGUUCAUCGCAGAAUGGGAGAGCGUACAGGAAGAGAGCGACGUUCUUCGGGAGGAGCUCAAGGAGGACAAGUGGCUGACCGUAUUUCGGACGGUGACGGAUCAGGCGGACGGGAUGAUGACGAGCCUGGAGAAAGCCGUGAAUCGAUGUCAGGAGUUCAUUUGGCAGGUUCAUAAAUAUGGCCCAGACGAGUCGCUGUUGCAGUCGUCGUCCAUGCAGUCCUCUGGAUCCGUGCGCUCUGAGAAGUCUCCGCUGAGUUAUGACGUAUAUCAGUCCCUCUUGGGCUCGUUCGAAGCUAAAAAGAAACAUUACAUGCCCGCCACCACGAAGGUGCUUUCGAUCAUAGACAAGGGCGUGCAGGACCGCGUGACGAAGAACGGUGAGUGUCUGCGGCGCCACGCCGAGUCCACUCAGCGAUGGAAGAAUCUGCGCGAGCGCAUCUCUCGGACCGACACGGAGAUGGAGAACGUGCGCAAGAUCCUGGUCGGCGAGGAGAUGGCGCUGAGCGAGAGUGGUUCUACUACCUCCGGUCCAACCUCCAAGUCUCGCACCCGCAACGGGUUCCUCACGCCCCCCAGUGGCUCGGGAUCAGGUGGGAAAAAGAACAGGACGCUGAGCACGGCCAGCACGCUCUCGCGUUCAAUCUCUCCUCUGCGUAAAUUUGCCCGGAAAUUCACCAGUAGUUCCAAAACCACCGCGCCCCCUGUCACUCCCGUUCCCCACAAGGUCCCAUCCCGCGCCCCCUCUUCCGAACCCGUCGCCACGCUUCGCCAUCGUCAGUCCCUAUUCGCCAUGCGUGGCAGUCAGCCCCCAACGCCCGUCACGCCCGAACGUCCGCGCCACAAGUACGCACAGUCUAUGACCCCGGACACGUCACCCGCGCCGAACCGCGCCGAUUUGAACUCUACUGUCAAAGGGAGAGGUCUCGGUAAGCAGCCGUGGAACAGUUCCACACGCAUCGAGCCAGAGGAGCGUCCACCUAGAUCAAGUCGUCCUUCCACAGCGAGUAUCUACGGACGACCAGACCUUCCUCCACUCUCAAGCAAUUCCUCGCCUUACCAGCGUAGCGCAUCGCGGAGUUCUAUGGCAUCGUCACGCCCGUGGUCCCCUGUGACAUCUUCCAUUUCAACGGCGCCUUCUUCGAGCACCCAUCUGCCUUUCCAUCGCCCGCCCUCUAGGACACACCAAUCCGGCUCGGCAUCUGCCUUCGUAAGACCCCCGUCGCGGUCUCAUACCCCCACUUUUGCACUGUCCACCAACACAAGCGCCACACCUCGCUCACGUCCAAAGACACCGUCUCACAUCCCAGCCCCUUCCAGCGCCAAGGGAGGGCAUUGGCGCUCUCAGUCUGAAGCAGGCUGGCGCGAUGAGGACGACGAGAAUCCCACGACCAUCAUGCAGCGCGCUUUUUCGCCCACAUUCUCCACAUCCGGCGGCAUCUCGCCUCUCCCCGCCCGCUCCGAAACCCCUGGCGGUACGCGUCUCCCCGGGCCCCGUCCCCCGAGCCGCUCCAUGAUCCCUGCUCCGAUAUUCCAAUUCUCCUCGCCCUCCCGCCCCGCCUCCGCGAUGUCGGACUAUCCAUCCGAGGCCCCGACCGUGGAGUCCAACUCGUCCUCCUUCAGGUCAGCAGCGACUCGCGCGCAGACGCCAGAAGCGAUGCUGCGCGCGCGGUCAGGCUAUAACAUCAAGACCAUUCGCCCGCACUCAAAGCUGCCGCCAUCGAGCUUCCGCGAUGGGUCCUCCACGCGCUCACCUUCGCGCGCGGGGUCGCGCGCGGGAGCGGCAACGCCGUCGAUGGAAGGUAACCCCAACCACUACACGCCCGCGAGCGCGAAGGACCCGCUCGAUGCGGAGGUCGCGCGCAUCGUCAACUCGGUCGCGCAUGGGCUGCUGAUCGAGCGCGUCGACCCGCCACUCAGGGCGGUCCCGAAGGAGGGCGAGGAGAUCCGCGCGCAGUACGCGUUCUCGACAGCGCUGGCCCGUAAGAUCGUCACGUGCCGGCUGACGACGAUGACGCGCAAGGGGGAGGUGGCGAAGAAGAAGGUCAUGGUCCGGGUCGGCGGAGGCUGGAGGGACUUGCAGAUGUACAUGCUGGAUCGGCAGGCCGGUCUGUAAGCCUGUCUCGCGCUCGAGACAAAUCUUGUGCCGCCAGUGUGGAUGUUAUUGUAAGUUACGACGGAAGGAUGGACGGACGGAUGUCUGGACAGGGUCGUGUUUUUUUUUGCGUUGGAUAACAUGCGCCGGUUCGUUGGCUUGUCCAGUCGUUCGCUUUUUCGCAUGAGCUAGACACACCCGGCUGUGUUCACGACCCCUUCAUGAUUCAGUCUAUGCAGCACGGUUCCGUAUGCAGUUUUAUCGUUAUUUGCCGGUCGACGAGCUCCCCCGAUAUGAUCAGUUUUGCUUUCGGACCUC